CUGUCUGGUGUUACCGAUGCUGGUUACUGGUGUACCCGGAAAGGAUAUAUCUUGUACCCAUAAAUGGUCAUAUCUAAUCCCGGCGCCGACGACUCUUAAAUUCGCAGGAAAAACCGUAUACCGCGCAUACCCGCCCGACACACCAUAUACCGCACACACCUCACAGUAGCCACACAAAACCACCAACGCUUGUUGACGGGCACAUUGCCUUCAAGGAUAUCAAUCUCCGACAGCCUCCUCCGUAGAUCGCGGCGAAAAACCAACCGCCGUGCCUGGCCCCCGGAGGCAGUUCGUAACCACACACAACACACCUCACCCACGCACCACACGGCGNAUGCUGGGGAAUGGCAAACAUUACAAAGACGCGAAAGCCUUAAGGCUAGAUGUGGCGGCCAUGUUCUCGGCAGCUGGCCGUAGCUUUCAUUCUGGGAAGGGAGGCGGCAGGCAGAAGAAGUACAUCUGCAAUGGCGCCGCAGGAGGAUGCCAGGCGACCGUGCGCGCCUGCAGGCAGAGGUCGGGAGAGUUCAAGGUGACGUUCUUUAUCCCGGAACACAACGAAUGCUCUGGCGGCAAGGUCGGAGCGAAAGCGGCUGCGCUCGAGGGCUUCGCCAGUGCCGCCAUGGCCAGCAACCCGACCAUUAAGGGCACCGACCUCAAGAGGAGCCUGGAGCAGAGCACAGGACUCAGGGUCAGCUACAGCGCGGUGUCACGCCUGAAUGUCGCGGCUACGAGGGCAUCGAAGGAGCAACUGGAGCAUGGGUACCGCAUCAUGGACUCGUACUGCAGGGAGCUGGUGAAGGACUGUCCGGGAUCGGUUGCGGUGGUGGAGAGGGAGACUACCGGCAGGUUCCGCAGUAUUUUCGUCAUGCUCGGGCGUGCUGCUCACGCUGCGGUGCGAAGCCCGAUGCAGGUCGUGGGGAUGGAUGGAGGAUACCUCAAGGGAGAGUGGAACGCGAUGAUGCUGACGCUGGCAUGCAAGGAUGCCAACAAUAAGAACAUCCACGUCGCGACAAUGAUCGGACCCAAGGAGGACACCUCCCUCUACAAGACUUUGCUGCUCAACUGCAAGAAAAAUCCGAAGAUGAGGGACCUGCUGGAAGACUCGAAAACAACCUUCUUCACGGGCCAGCACAAGGGGGCGACCUGUGCGCUGCGGGGCGAGGCCCCGCUGGCGCAGAACCGGUACUGCUUGAGGCACCUCAUACUGAACUUAAAGGAGAAGAUUGGCAGCAAUGCCAACUCAUGGGUAUCCUUCGCCGCCAGUGCUCCCACGAAGAAGCAAUGAGAGGACAUCCUGAAACAGCACGUUCUACCGAGCAAGCCUCGCGCCUAUGUCCAGAUCAUUGACGAUUGGAAUAGGCAUGAGUGGGCUCACUCUGGUGGGCCCCCCGACACCGAACUCCAAGACGUUAUCACGAACAACCUUUAGGAGCAAACCAAUUCGGUGGUUGGUGUCGAGGUUAGGAAGCUACCGCCAUUCGAGAUGAUGAGGAGCAUACUCGCUGAUACCGCCAAGAAGUUCGCCCACCGUGCCACCCUCGGCAAUGGAGCAUGGACUCCCUAUGCUGCCGCGACGUUCGAAGACCAAAGGAAGAAGUCCGCCGGGUGCACGCACGCCGCCGAGAUGCACAUGUAAUGUACUCACAUGCACGCCUUUGCCACGCGACGUUCAUUAUUCCAGGCUCGUCGCCUCCCCCACGGGCAACCAGUUCUACACAGUCGAAAACACCAACCUCGCCACCCUCAACACCCGCGGCAACAGGGUCCUGCUGAGGUGGGGCGAGCCGGUGCAGAAGACGGAGUGGUCCCGCACAUGCGGGUUCCCCGCGAGAUUCCAGAUCCCGUGCUGCGACGUCAUUGCCGUGGCUAGAGCACUCUGUGAGUGUAUUGUUGCGGAAUCGAUCGGAUCACUUGGGUACUUUUCCGCGUGUUCACCCGGCAAACCUGUUUUUGCGCUGCAUGCUUUGCCUCUGUCCGCUUGUCCUUGUGGCGGGUCUUCUGUUUUCUGUGUGUUCAUCUUAGUUGUUUUCUGCGUGUUUUUUUUUUUGUUUAUCUCCUUUGUCCUGUCUUCCCCGGAUAGUGUAUUUUCUCUAUCUUUGUGGAGGGAUGAACUACAAUAUCUGGCCUGUGAUUGUACCUUUUUUUAGGCAGCGUAGCCUGUGACCACGGGAAUCGCUCGGUCAAGUGUUUGAUGACACAAGAAAUAAGCGGUCUACGUUCGCGCACUUCCAGUUGAACGAA